AUGAUUUGGGAAAUUCUUUCAAUCUUGGCAUCACUUUGUUUCCAAGGAUAUGAGGCACAGUUCGAUAAUGACCACGACGUUUCGGAUUCCAGUCCAAGCAGAUAUAUUGGUGUUUUUGCUGGUAUCUUUGGCGGAACUUUUAUAUUGUUUAUUCUGUUGCAAAUAAUAAUAAUAUGUUGCUGUAGUAAAUGUAAUGCUCGAAAGGAAAGAGUUGCGGCUCCUGAUAGAUCGGACAAUGUCAGUUAUAUAUCUGGGCAAGAGAUGGCGACUUACCCACGACCAAGAGCGUAUGUGCCCCCAUCGACAGGUUUCGAGCCACCAUCGAUGGGUUUCGGGCUGCACCCAACGGGCUAUUUGGCACCAUCGACAGGAUUCGGGCUCCAACCGACAGGAUUCGAUCUGUGUAAUGACCAAGGACCAGGAAUUUCUGAACAAUCAUACAAGAACCGGCAAGCUAUUCCAGCAAGUUACUAA